AGCCGAGGGCAAAUCCGUCUUUUAGGUUUCUCUAUAAGUACCCCCUACUUCGCUUUCCAACAUUUACAAACCUUAAUUGUUUUUGCAAAGACCCUUCCUUUUCUCUAUUUCUCUCUCUCUCUUGGCCAUUUCGUCGAACACAUCAUCCACACCGCUUCACCGGCGAAACUCGCCGUCAAAACCGCCGGAGAAAAAGUCCGGCGAACACCCAAAAGAGCCGGUCGAAAAGAGCGUUGGCGAGACGGCGUCGUGUUUCGAUGGUGUGAGUGAUCGGAGGUGGGGAGGAGGAGGAGGAUGGGGAGGGGUUUUGUGGUGGUGGGGGUGGCCGUGACUGUGGCGGUUACGGCUUGUGCUGUGGCGGCGGUGGUGGUGGGGAAGAGAGUGAAAAGUAGGAGGAAGUGGAGGAGAGUUGUGGGAGUGUUGGCUGAGUUUGAACAAGGGUGUGAGACCACGGUGGGUAGGCUUAAGCAAGUGGUGGACGCCAUGGCUGUAGAGAUGCACGCUGGUCUUGCCUCUGAAGGUGGCUCCAAGCUCAAAAUGUUGCUCACUUUUGUUGAUACUCUCCCCAAUGGGGCGUGGAUUGACUUUUUUGUGAGUGAGAAAGGAAUUUACUAUGCUCUAGAUCUUGGGGGUACUAAUUUUAGGGUCUUGCGAGUUCAGCUAGGAGGUCAAAGGUCUAUCCUAGAACCAGAUGUGGAGCGGCAACCCAUUCCCCAACAUUUGAUGACCAGCACAAGCGAGGAUCUCUUUGAUUUUAUUGCUUCCUCGUUAAAAGAGUUUGUUGAAAAAGAAGGAGAUGGCUCGGACACUUCACUGAUGAGAAGAAGGGAACUUGGAUUUACAUUCUCUUUUCCUGUGAAGCAAACAUCUGUUUCAACAGGCAUUUUGAUUAAAUGGACAAAAGGAUUUGGCAUUGAAGACACGGUUGGAAGAGAGGUUUCCGAAUGUUUAGAACAAGCAAUGGCCAGAAAAGGCCUAAAUAUGCGGGUAGCAGCACUGGUUAAUGAUACAGUGGGAACUUUAGCUCUUGGACAUUAUCAUGAUCCAGACACUAUCGCUGCAGUUAUAAUUGGAACAGGUACAAAUGCCUGUUAUUUGGAGCGGACAGAUGCUAUCAUUAAGUGUCAAGGGCUUCUUACAACUUCUGGAGGCAUGGUUGUCAACAUGGAAUGGGGAAAUUUCUGGUCAUCCCAUUUACCGAGAACUUCUUAUGACAUCGAGCUAGAUGCUGAUAGCCCUAAUCCAAAUGAUCAGGGCUUUGAGAAAAUGAUAUCAGGAAUGUAUCUUGGUGACAUUGUGAGGAGAGUAAUUCUGAGGAUGUCACAUGAGGCAGAUAUAUUUGGAGAUGCUCUUCCAAAGUUAUCAAUGCCCUUUAUUUUGAGGACACCAUUGAUGGCUGAGAUGCAUGAGGAUGACUCUCCUGAGUUGACAGAAGUAGCAAGAAUCUUGAAAGACACAUUGGAGAUUCCUGAUGUCCCUUUGAAGGUUAGAAAGCUCGUUGUAAAGGUAUGUGAUGUGGUGACUCGUAGGGCUGCCCGAUUGGCAGCUGCUGGUAUUGUAGGUAUCUUGAAAAAGAUCGGCCGGGAUGGAAGUGGUGGGAUCACGGGUGGGAGGAGUAGAAGUGAUAUUAAAAUGAAAAGAACAGUUGUUGCAAUUGAAGGGGGUUUAUAUACAAGCUAUACAAUGUUUAGGGAAUACUUGCAUGAAGCCAUGAUAGAAAUAUUGGGGGAAGAAGCAGCUCAACAUGUCAUUCUUAUGGACACAGAAGAUGGAUCAGGCGUCGGAGCCGCACUCCUUGGCGCGACACAUUCAUCUAACCGUGUUGAUAACGUACAGUUGCUAUAAAAAUAUAAAUAUAUAUAUAUAUAUAUAUAUUAUUCAUAUAUAUAUACAUAUAGCCCCUGUAAAUGUAGAAUUCAUUUUCCAUAUCUUCUUGUAUAAAGGGAAGGAUUGUCCAUAUAUUUUUUUUCUUGGUGAAAUUUCCAUCAAUUUAUAAUUUGAUGCUGGCAAUGUGAAAAUGGUGUUCUUUACAAAGAAUUCCUCUUCCAAAUUUUUA